AUGAUAGCGACGACGCCUCCUUCUGCAGCCUCGGCAUUCACUGCUGCUGCGCGGUAUCGGUUGGUGCAUGUGAAUGCGACGGCUCUGCCGUCGCCGGCGAGUCUUUUCGCAAGACGCAAUCCAGACGGCAUGGCUGUCCCGACAGUGGAGUUGCAGACCACCCUGGCGCGCGUUCGUGCGCUGUAUGGUUGCGGGAUGGGCUUCGCGAGCCUACGGGUUCUAGCAGGAGUGGUGAGAGCUACGGUGGGCCUUCGGUGGAAAGAGGGAAGCGAGAUAGAGGAUCUGCUUGCGUCCGUCGACUCAGACAUUUGCCAAGGUAUUCAGAGUUCGAGAGAAGAGAUGGAAGGAGGUAGAGUGAGUGACCUGGAAACGGCGCGGGAUGCGGUAAAUGAGUUGCGAUCUGCGGUGAAAGAGAGCUUGCAAGACGUAGAAAUAUGGGGAGGGGACUAUCCGUUCGAGCGAGGGGAGGUAAGUCUGGAUUUUUGGAAGAUGUAG